AUGCAUCCAACUGUCUAUGAUAUGCCUUAUUUGAUCCAAAAAUCGAAAGUGGAGAAAAAGCGAGUGGCAGACUGUAAAAAUGUUAUUGAAGAAAUGAAAUCUACUCUGAUUUCCAAAGGUUACAGAUUGCCCAAACAAAUGACCUCGCAAGAACUCAUCCUUUUUGAAGUUGUUAUGGUCUUGAAAGGAGUCGAUUUGAAACUUGAUUUUAGCAAACGAGUCCUUCGAACAACACCAGAAAAAAUGACCAGGGAAGAAAGACAAGAAUUGAAAAAAACAAGAGAGCAGUAUCGAAGGAACAAAAUUGAUGCAGCUUGUUCACAUUUAGAAGAGUUCCUCAUCAUGAACGAUUUGAACGGAAUAUUUGGAUCAAAAUUGACGCGACUCCAAAUGCUGCAACUUGUCAGAGACCGUCUCAAAGCUCUCCCAGAUAUCACCUCUCAGGCUCCAUUGUCACCAUCUCUCAAACACAGCAUUGCUGGAAUUCUUGCCUCUCGGAAAAGUUCAACUCCGCCCUCAUUCAUUGACAUGCCUGCUACUGGCCCCUGA